GGGGGCAGAGCGCCUGUCCACACUGGUGACGAAUGGCAGGGGCAAACAUUCUGCAGUCUGACGAAUCUGCUUGCCCUAUACACAAAAUUAACAUCACACCAUGUCUAUAUGCGUUUAAUAAUUGACAAGUGGCCACUUGCGACCGUUAGCCUUAUCGUCAUGCGCGUGGUUUAUUCUUCUGUUAUACUAUUUGCCGGUAAUUGGCCACGAUCACGCAAUUCCGAGAGAUCUGACGCUUGCUGCGAUAUUAUCUUCCCCGCAUGGUCUGACUUCCAUGGAUUAGAAAUCGGAUCAAGGUACAAAAUCUUAAGGUUAUACUCUUUUAACGAACACUUACCUAGGGAUCAAGGAGAAAGUUACAAUGGUUGGGAUGUUACGCGUUGUGAUUAAGAACCACGUUUAUCCACAACACCCACGCUAUACAUAGGCAGGAGGUAUACAACCGAGAGAAGAUAUCCUGAAUCUAAUAAGCGAACUUCAGAAUAAGGCGUCAUUUUAAUGCCGGUAUCGUCAUAUAUUUCU